AUGUCGUCUCCAGAACAACUAAUAGCUUGCAAAGAACAGAAAGUCUGCAAAGAGCGAGAAGCUCAAGAGGAGCAAGAGGACCGACAAGAGCAAGACUUUCGCAACAGGAUUGAAGUCACGGAAGUAGAGUCAGACCACGACAACAGUGCUUUGCAAGUGCCGGACAAGUCGAAGCGCCAGAGUCCUGAAAUCCCCUCAGUCUCUGCUUGCGUUGAAUGCGAUACUACAAACAAUAUCGCGUCCGACGAGACGAAAGUACCGCAUUUGCAAUUUACCGUACCAGAGCCGUUUAAAUUCCAUGAAACACGAACUCACUGUAAGCAGAGCCUCGAACAGAAAUCUCCGUACGUGCCACUCGCCGCGCGACUCAGAGAGUUGGUAGAAAAGACACCCGAAAGGUUCAAGUCGCACGUUGUAUCAAAGCAAUCACACCAUUUCCAUCAAAUCCCACUAACACGACCCAAACCAUUUACACUACAAACGGCCAUUCGAGGGGAACACUACAAGGAUCUUUUCCAGCAACGAAUCGAACAGCUUAGACUGCGCGAAAAGGAAAAUCAGUUCCGAGCAACGCCACUUCCCAACCUCGAUCCGGAUAUUCCAAGAAAGCCCGAACUACGACCACCAACUGAACCCGUGGACUUUUACUUUUUAACCGAGGAACGAAUCAAGCAUCACAAGUUGAUGGAACAGGAACGGAAACAACGUGAAGAGGAUUAUGACAACUUGAGAUUGAAAAAGCUAAAGGAUGACGAGAGACGAAAGGAAAGGGAACUUCGCCGAUUACGCAAGGACCGUGUUCUGCGCGCUCGUCCCAUCAUGAAAUAUCGCCCAAUCAUCAUUAUGCCAUCAAAGAAAAAGUUGACCAAGGCCAAAUCGCCAAUGAUUGGAGACAAGAGGAAACGUCACAUGCAGUAUCUUCAAGAAUCAGCGUCGAAUUCGUUGAACGGGAGUCGCUCGGUUUCAGCAAUGUCACUCCAUUCAGAACAAUAG